AAAUUAUUUAGAUUUUGUUGUGAAAAAGUCGUAGUUUUCUUUUGUAAAAAAAAAAACAAAUAAAAUAUUCUUGCCAACAAACCCAAAAAAAGUUAAAAUAUUUUUUUUGUUCACCUUUUGAUUCAAACUCAAAAAUGUUCGUUAUUUUAUAUCCCGGUUUGAUUUGAAUUUGUGCAAAAAUAACUAUUUGUUUAAAUAUACGCUAAAACGCAAAUAGACUUUAAAGUUUCUAUUAAAUUUUAAAACUCUGGAAGAGAUCUUUUUUAAUAAGCCAUUUUUGUAUGUAUUGUAAAUCUAUGUGCGAUCUUUCGUGUCUACAAACAGCAGAUUUUGAGAAUUAUUUAUAUAGACAAGCUAUUUUAAACCAAAACAACAAAAUAUAGAGAUACUUGUGAAGAAAUUUUUAUUAAAGAUCUAGUUUCUUUUGAGUUUUUCCUUUGUGUAGAUUUUUUAUACUUCAUCGGACGAGUCUUGGUUAGAUUUCCCUUUCCUUCUGUUUUAUUGAUAAAAACAAGGAAAAAAAUAUUUUAUCUACACUUUUUCUUGAUAAACAAUGAACUCUGGUGGACCAAACUAUCAAAUGGCUUCGCUAUACGUUGGAGAUUUGCAUCAGGAUAUUAAUGAAGCUGGACUUUUUGAGAAAUUCUCUGAUGCUGGUCCAGUACUAUCCAUUCGAGUAUGUCGCGACAUUAUUACUCGUCGCUCACUAGGCUAUGCCUAUGUUAACUUUCAACAACCAGCUGAUGCUGAACGUGCUUUGGAUACAAUGAAUUUUGAUUUAAUCGGUGAUAAGCCUAUUCGCAUUAUGUGGUCUCAACGUGAUCCCUCAUUGCGUCGUUCCGGCAUUGGCAAUGUUUUCAUCAAAAACUUGGACAAGAGCAUUGACAAUAAGGCUAUAUAUGAUACUUUCUCGGCUUUCGGUAAUAUUUUAAGUUGUAAAGUAGCUACCGAUGAUAAGGGUCAAUCCAAGGGUUACGGAUUCGUACAUUUCGAAACUGAAGAGGCCGCCAAUAAAGCCAUUGCCAAAGUUAACGGUAUGUUGUUGAACGGUAAGAAGGUUUACGUUGGCAAAUUCAUUCCACGUAAGGAACGCGAGAAGGAACUCGGCGAAAAGGCUAAAUUGUUCACUAACGUCUAUGUCAAGAACUUCCCCGACGACGUUAAUGAUGAAAAAUUGAAGGAAAUGUUUGAGCCAUACGGCAAAAUUACCAGCUACAAGGUCAUGACCAAGGAUGAUGGUAAGAGCAAAUGUUUCGGUUUCGUUGCUUUCGAGACCACUGAGGCCGCUGAGGCUGCCGUCGAAGCCCUUAACGGCAAAGACAUGGGUGAGGGUAAGACCUUGUAUGUUGCUCGUGCCCAGAAGAAGGCCGAACGUCAACAGGAACUCAAACGCAAAUUCGAAGAAUUGAAAAAGAAACGCCAAGAUUCCGUCUAUGGUGUCAAUUUGUACGUCAAGAAUUUGGAUGACACCAUCGAUGAUGAGCGCUUGCGCAAGGAAUUCUCCUUGUAUGGUACUAUUACCUCCGCUAAGGUGAUGACUGAUGAAGAAGGCCGCUCCAAGGGCUUCGGUUUCGUCUGCUUCGUCGCUCCCAAUGAAGCUACUUGCGCUGUCACUGAAUUGAAUGGCCGUGUUAUGGGCUCCAAGCCUUUGUAUGUUGCCUUGGCCCAACGUAAGGAAGUACGUAAGGCUCAUCUUGCUUCUCAAUACAUGCGUCACAUGGGUGGUAUGCGUAUGCAACAAUUGGGUCAAAUAUUCCAACACAAUGCUGCUGGUGGUUUCUUCGUACCCACCAUGGGUCCCGGUCAACGUUUCUUGGGUCCUCAAGUGCCUACACAAAUGCGUAACACACCACGCUGGGCUACUCAUGUGCCUCGUCCAGCACAAGCUGGUGCCGCUCCCGCAGCUGGAGGCUUCCAAAAUGCCGCCAUGGCUCCUGCUGGUACUGCUCAGUACCGCCCACAAGCUGCCGGUGGUGCUCGUGGUCAACCACAAGCUGUUCAAGGCGCUCAUGCUGCCGCUGCCAACACCAUGCGCAACAGCGGUGCUCGUGCUAUUACUGGACAACAAUCUAUUCCAGCUCCUAACAUUGCUUUGGCUGGUCCUCCUUUGCCAGCUGGUGCUGCUCAACAACGUGCCGCCAACUACAAAUACAACACCAAUGUACGCAACCCAACAGUGCAACAGGUUCCAGCACCCCAACCUGUCCCACAAAUGCACCAAAAGGGAACCGAGAAGCUUUUGGCUUCUUUGUUGGCAAAUGCUACUCCCCAAGAGCAAAAACAAAUUUUGGGCGAACGUUUGUAUCCAAUGAUCGAACGUAUGCAUCCAUCUUUGGCCGGUAAGAUCACUGGUAUGUUGCUGGAAAUCGAAAACUCCGAACUCUUGCACAUGAUUGAAGAUCACGAAGCCCUUAAAGCCAAGGUUGAAGAAGCCGUUGCUGUCUUGCAAGUUCACAACGUUCGUGAAACUGUGCCUACCAAUUAAACAAAGGAAAAGCUUGAAAGAAACCAAAAAAAUAUAAAAUUUUAAAAAAGAACAACUACAGCCAACAUAAUUAAACAAAAAGUUUAGUAGCAAAACACUAACUAACAGCAAACAAAAACACUUUUUAAAGCUACAAAGCUCAGCAAAUUUCAAACAUAUUUUUUGCAUUAUUUGUAUUUUCAUUUCAAUCAUUUGCCAUCUUAAAAUCUACUUUCUGUUUUUAUUUUUUUUUUUACAGUUUAACAUUCAAUUUAUUCAAAUGUCCCCAUAAAGCAAGUCUCACAAGAAAAACAAAUUGGUUACGCUCAGCCUUUCAAAGGAAUUUUCAAGUUCUGGCUGUUGCAGUACACUUUAAUGAAUUCCCACUCUCUUCCUUCUCCUAUACAUGAACUAUUUUGAAAUUUAAUUAUGUUUUUCAUGUUAUUGAAUAAAUUUUAAUUUGUCGUCCUCAAUAUUAACAACUUGCUGCUGAGUUUUAACAAAAAGAAAACUUCUGUUUACUUUGUUUUUAUCCUUUCAACACCAUAAAUGAAAAGAAUUUUUUAAAUUAAAAAAUAUGAAAAAAUCAACAAAAAAAUCGAAAAAAUAAAAACUUUAAAAAAUUGAAAACAAAAUAUGAAAAUGCAUAAAAAAUAUUAAAAAAAAGAACAAAAUAUAACAACAACAAAGAAGAAAAAUUAAAACACGAUUGUUUGCUACUUGAAACAAAAAAUUUAUUAAAAGAAAGAAAAAAAAACAUAAAAAACCCUUACAAAAAAAUCGUAAAAUUUUAAUAAAAAAUUUAAAUAAAAAGUAACAACCUCAGAAGGUUAAAAAUAUAUAUAUAAAAAUCACAAAAAAAUUUAAAAACAUUUUUUGAAAAAUCCAAAUAAAAAUCAGCAAAAAACUUGCAAAAUUCAAAAAAAAAAAAGUUAAAAAGAAACAAAACGAACACCUUUUUGAAAAAGAAUGAAAAAAUACAAAAAUGUAGCUGCUUUUUUUAAAACACCACUACAGAACACAACCAUCCAAAAUUUCUUCUUUUAGUUUUUUGUUUUGUUUUACUUUUUUCUUUUCCAAAUGUUAAAGUUUUUCCAACACCUUGAAAAUGUUCUUUCUGCUCUCUACACUACCAAUAACUACUGGUUUGUGUUGGCUGAGGAGCAUUUCUGCAAAAUAAUUACUUGUAUUUUAUUUUUUCUAAAAAUAUUACAACAACAAAAUACAACAAUAACCAAGAAACGAAUUGGAAUUUUAUGUUUGUACUAUAACAUAAUCUACAUAGGAUACAGCAUUACAACAAUAUUAUUAUUAUUAUAAUUACUCCUUGAUGAAUUACAUACAUUUUUUAUUUUAUUUAUAAUAUUUUUGUAGUAUUUUUCUUUUAAAUUACUUUUCUUUUUUUGUAUUACAAUAUACACAACAUAUACAUAACGCUAUAACAAAAACAAAAAAUAUCUGAAAUAUUUAUAAAUUCUAUUAUAUUAUAAAUGCAUUGAAAUCCCAUUGAAGACACACAUUUUUUAAUAAAAAACAAAAAUAAUAAAACAAACAACAAAAAUAAAAA